AUGUUGUACUAUUUAAUAAAAUUCAUAAAGCUAUGCUUUAAUGAACCAAAUAAUUGGAGAGUGCACUAUGCCAAACUGAAGCGGGAGUGGACGAAGGAUCGCGUCGGAAAGCGCGUAAAUCAGACUGCGAUCGUUUCCUUUCAGUAUUUCCGAAAUCGUUCUUUGCUGCAUAAAACGCCCGAUGCGAAAUGUGACGCUGCCAGCUGCUUAAGGAGGCAACUGAAAUAUAUCAUUGACCCCAUAGACCAGGCGCAGUAUUCAAUCGACGUGGCGAUCUAUCUGAUGGACUCCUGUGACAUUGCCGACGCACUGCGUCGUGCCAGUGAGCGUGGAGUGAGAGUGCGCGUGGUCUGCUUCAAAAACUAUGAGUUGAUACAAGAGUGUUUCGACAAUUGCGUAUUGCUGCGCAGACUAUCUGUAAUACAAAGAAAUAUGCGUGAGAUGACGAUGCAUCACAAGUUCUGCAUCAUCGAUGGAUACAUUGCCACGCGAAAAAAGAUGCCAAAGGCCUUGACCGUUUGCAUAACUGGCUCCAUGAACUGGGUGAUGCUGCCCCGAAACUGUGAAGAUUGCCUCGUGACCAGUUCGCCCAGGGUUGCCAAGCGACUGGAGCAGGAAUUCGACCGCAUCUGGAUGUUGUGCGAGAUGCCAGAGAAUGCAAACUAUUUAAAAUAAUGUCUUAUUGUUUAUAUUUAG